GUUCGUUCAACAACUGUCUGUGAUCGAGCAGCGACAGCAUACAUACAACCGCUUCUGUUUUUUUCGAUUGUUGCCAUUGCAUCCUGUAUCUUUUGAGCUUUGCAUUCCUGAGGGACAUGGCUGGUUUGUAAUGGUCGAGUACUCAGCUUGUCCUGCAGCAAAAGAUCAUCGUCAUCAUCCCGAACGCCGGAUACACACCCAACCCGCUUAGAGUGUCUCACAGUUCUCGUCGAGUCUCACAAGAAAGAAAAAGACGUGGACUCAUCAGGCGUAGAAGUCAUCAAUCACCAUGCGCUCCUGGUUCAAAUCCAGCGGCUCCGGGUCUUCGAAGCCCGGCAGCAUCCUCUCCUCCAGCCGCAACACCAGUACCAACCAAGUCGCUGACGCGCGUGAUGUGGAGAUCUCCGAUCUGCACGAUGCGAUGGAAGCCACGAGCCGGAUUCUCAACGAUGAUAUCCAGGGUGCGGAGGCGCAGCUACGGGCUCGACAGGACUCGUCCGCGUUUCACCAGCUCGGCCUCGGCAUAGCCGUGUUCAUGCGGUCCAUCCUCGGCUUUGAGAAGGACAUCAUGACCGAGGCUUCGGCCCGGCUGGCUGAGUGUGAGAGCCGUGCCUGGAGUGAAAUGAAGAAGGCCCAGAAGCAGGCUGACGGCGGUGGCGGCGGCGGCUGGUUCAGAGGUGGGGCCAGCGGCGGCGGAACGUCUGUCUCUGCAAAGGGCUGCGAGAUGUAUCCGCCUGGCACCGAGUACCAGCUGGUGAAUGCCGAGGCACAGAUCAUGGGGGCUAUCGUCUCUGUCAUGCACGAAAGCCUGACUGAGGGCAUCAAGGGAUUCUAUAAGCUGCGGAAGGCUUUCAUCGCGCUCGACGCCAUUAUGGAAACAGAGGCCAAGAUAUUGGCGGCACAACAGGGCAAUGGCGCCGCGAAAGGACCGAAUGCGCCGCCGACUCUGGAUCAAGGAGCUAAGGACUUAAACGGACUCACUCUCGACACGCCAGUAGCGUCUUCCGUACCGUCAACAAGACCAGACACACCCGCCGCCCAAGAGCAGUCCGGGUCUCCCUUACCGAGCCCACCUAGGACGACACUCCGUGCCAACGCCGGUCCAGACUCUUCACUCUUCACGAACCCCGUCGAUAUCUUCGUACACUCUGGGGCUAACAUGUGCUUCGGCACACUCUUGCUCAUCAUCUCCAUGGUCCCGCCUGCGUUCUCCCGCCUGCUGUACAUCAUUGGGUUCAAAGGUGAUCGCAAUCGUGGCGUACAGAUGCUCUGGCAGUCGACCAAGUUCUCAAAUGUCAACGCUGGUGUCGCGGGCCUUAUGCUUCUCUCAUAUUACAAUGGCCUGCUUGCCUUCACAGACAUCUUGCCUUCGGAGGCUGACACGGCUGAGCUCGCUGAGGAGGACGAGAUUGUGGGGUAUCCUAAGGAGCAAUGCACCGCCUUGCUCGAGCGCAUGUGUGCGCAGUACCCCGAUAGCCGCAUAUGGAAGGUUGAGGAGGCGCGUGUCCUCGCCAAUGCACGAAAGCUGCCCGAAGCGAUCGAGGUGCUCAAGGCCAACGGCGACAGCAAGAUGCGGCAGGUGACGGCGCUUAACGAAUUCGAGCUGUCCGUCAAUGCUCUGUUCAUGAUGGACUGGCAGACGAUGAAAGAGGGCUUUCUGAGGUGUAUCGAGCUGAAUGACUGGAGCCACAGCCUGUAUUACUACUUUGUCGGGUGUGCGGAGCUAGAAAUGUACCGGGAUGCAGAGAAGUCGACCCUCGAAACGGAAGCGAAGAGGCACAAGAAAACUGCGGAGGAAUACUUCCGCAAGAGCCCUGCGGCGGCCGGACGGAAGAAGUUCCUGGCGAGGCAGAUGCCCCUCGAGAUGUUUGCUCAAAGAAAAGUCGCGAAAUGGGAGUCGAGAGCCAAGGAAUGGGGUCUCGACCUUGCCGAUGCGGCGGGAGUAAGUCCUGGCCAGGAAAUGACGUACCUGUGGACAGGGUCGAAAAGAAUGACAGAUGAUGCUCUCGAAAACGCUCUCGGGUGCCUGGCCUGGGAGAGGUGUACAGCGGGUAAAGAGAAUAUCGAGAAGCUGAAGGCCAUUCCGGACGAGGCAGCCAUCAAAGCCGUUGCGGAGGCGGCCCUGUUGAGUAAUCUCGGUCGGUAUGCGGAAGCCAGAGAGAAAGUAGAGCCUGUUUCUAAGCAAGAUCGAGCACUAUUCAGGGGAGAGUUUCGAGACGACUGGCCAGCACCCUGCGCGCACUACGAGCUUGGCGUCCUGGCCUGGAAAGAGGGCUGCGACAGCAAGUGCUGGCCGCAGGAGGCAGACGAGCAGCAGAUCGAGACAUUCAGGCGUGAUAGAAUCAAGGAAUGUGAGGAAUAUCUGGAACACGUCAAGACAUGGGAGGCAUUCGUACUCGACGCACGCGUGGGCAUGAAGGUGCAGUCGGGUAUUGACACGAUCGCCUGGUUGAAGGGUAAGAAGGGGUGGGCUUAACGGAAGGCCCGGGCGAGCCUCAUAGCUAUGGCGUGAUCAUGUGUCUUGAUCUCCUUGGCAUAAAGCACAUAUGUCGAGCCAGCGCUGUGCACAUCAGGUUUUUGCGCAGAUUGCUCAUGGGCCUGUUAUCUAUUUAUAUAUACGGAAGGUUGUGAAGGUCCGCUGGGAUUUCCGGAGUACAUCGUAGAAAGACUAUGCCAGGCGUUGAAAGAGGCUGUAUGGAUAGAAUAGUAUGGUUUGGUAUUUGC